AUGCAGUGGGGACAGUAUUUGAUCCAUGAAAUGGCCAAGACAACUCUUGUUCCGUCAGCCAAGUGUAACGUAUGCCAAAACAUUCAAGGUCGUUGUAUGGCAGUGCCCAUACAACCAAGGGAUUCAAACAGGAAUUUCAAGUCAAAUAGAUGUAUUCGAGUUUCGCGGUCAAGCGCCAUUUGCGGUUCUGGCAGACGUAAACCACGUCAGCAGCUGAAUGAAAACACCAAUUUUAUUGAUGGUUCACCAAUUUAUGGCUCAAGUAUCGGGGUACAGCUAUAUUCAGAUUUACAUAGGCGGGCUGUCAGCCACAGAGCUGAAAAAAGAACGAGAAAGGAUACAUAA